AUGUGGGUUCCACUCCUGCUGGGAACCUUGGCCCUACUGUGCGUAGCAGCAGAGGAAGUCUUUCCAAAUUACUUGGUAACAUUACCUGCUCAGCUUGCCUUCCCUUCCACUCAGAAGGUUUGUUUGGAUCUCAGCCCUGGGAAUUGUGAUGUAAAACUCACUAUUACCCUGGAAACAAAGGACAAGACACAGAAAUUGCUAGAACAUUCUGGAUUGAAGAAGGAACACUUGCAUUGCAUCUCAUUUUUAGUCCCCCCACCCGCUGGUGGCACAGAGGAAGUGGCCACAAUCCGAGUGUCAGGAGUCAGAAAUAAUCUCAGCUUUGAAGAGGAGAAAAAGGUUCUGAUUCAGAGGCAAGGAAGCGGCACGUUUGUGCAGACUGACAAACCUGUCUACACCCCAGGACAGCAAGUGUUUUUCCGAAUUGUCACCAUGAACAGCAACUUUAUUCCAGUGAAUGACAAGGAUCCAAAUAGCAACAGGAUUGCACAGUGGCUGGACGUGAUACCCAGACAAGGCAUUGUGGACUUAUCCUUUCGACUGGCACCAGAGGCAACGCUGGGCACCUACACCAUUACAGUGGCCGAGGGCAAGACCUUUGGCACUUUCAGUGUGGAGGAAUAUGUGCUGCCCAAGUUUAAGAUAGAAGUGUUGGAACCGAAGCAAUUAUUGACGGUGGCAGAAUCCUUCUUUGUGAAAAUAUGUUGCAGAUACACAUACGGGAAACCGGUGCAAGGGGCGGUGCAGGCAGCACUGUGUCAGAAGGCACAUCCGUACUGGUACCGGAAGGUGGAAGAGCAGCAGCUGCCUGACAAGUGCAGAAACCUCUCAGGACAGCUUGACAAAGCAGGGUGCUUCUCGGCUUCUGUGGACAUGUCCACCUUCCAACUUACUGGAUAUAGGUACAGCCACAGCAUCAACAUGGUCGCUUCGGUGGUGGAGGAAGGGACUGGACUGGAGGCCAAUACCACCCAGGACAUCUCCUUUACCUCAAAAAUGGGAUCAAUAACUUUUGAAGAUACUAAUACUUUUUAUUACCCCAGUUUCCCCUUCAGCGGGAAGAUAAGAGUUAGGGGCCAUGAUGACUCAGUCCUCAAGAAUCACCCAGUGUUCCUGGUGAUUCAUGGCAUAAAUGGAACCAGCAACUGGACCCUGACUACUGACAACAAUGGCCUCGCUCCCUUCACACUGGAUACGGUCACCUGGAACGCGAUGCACGUUUCUCUGGAGGGAAAGUUCCAAAUGGAAGAUUUAGUAUAUAAUCUAGAAGAAGUGCCUCAUUACUACCAAAACGCAUACCUGCACCUGAAUCCCUUCUAUAACACUACCCACAGCUUCCUGGGCAUCCGGCAGACAAGUGGCCUGGUGAGGUGUGGCCAGCCCCAGGAGGUUUUGGUGGACUAUUCCAUUGAUCCGGCAGAUGCAAGCUCUGAUCAAGAAGUCAUCUUCUCCUACUAUGUAACAGGGAGAGGAACUUUGGAGAUGGAAGGACAGAAACAUCUGAAUUUUAAGGAGAAAGGACUGAAAGGCUCCUUCUCUCUCUCACUGACCUUCACCUCCAGACUAGCCCCUUCCCCUUCCCUCCUUAUCUACGCCAUUUUCCCCAGCGGAGGUGUCAUAGCUGACAAAAUUCAGUUCUCCAUGGAGAUGUGCUUUGACAAUCAGGUUUCUCUGGGCUUCUCACCUUCCCAGCAGCUUCCAGGAGCAGAUGUGGAGCUACAGCUGCAGGCAGCUCCUGGGUCCCUGUGUGCACUCCGGGCCGUGGAUGAGAGUGUCCUGCUGCUAAGGCCAGAGAGCCAGCUGAGCAACACCUCUGUCUACCGGAUGUUUCCAUCUUGGUACAAUCACUAUCCCUACCAAGUGGAUGAAUACGAUGAGUGCCCAGUGAUCAGCCCCUGGGACUUGCCUGGACCCCUUCUUAAUCCUGUGCCCAGAGGGGGACCCAUCAGGCAUUCCAUCACCUGGCGACCCUGGCUCUAUGAAGGAGCAGACGUGUUCAGUUUCUUCCAGGGCAUAGGCUUGAAAGUACUGUCAAAUGCCAAAAUCAAGAAGCCCGUCGACUGCAGUCACCGACCUCCACGCUACAGCACUGCCAUGGGGCAAGGUGGCGGUAUUGCCUCAAAGCCUGGUUUCGCCUCUGCACCACUCCAGACAGAGAGCUCCCAAGUCCGGCAGUAUUUCCCUGAGACCUGGCUCUGGGAACUGUUUCCUGUUGGUAACUCCGGGAAGGAGGUGGUCCAAGUCACAGUUCCUGAUACCAUCACUGAGUGGAAGGCCAUGACAUUUUGUACCUCUCCAUCCAGAGGCUUUGGCCUUUCACCUACUGUUGGGCUAACUGCUUUCCAGCCAUUCUUUGUGGAUCUGACGCUCCCUUACUCAGUGGUUCGAGGGGAAUCCUUCCGCCUUACUGCCACUGUCUUCAAUUAUCUAAAGGAUUGCAUCAGGGUUCAGACUAGCCUGGCAGCAUCAGAUGAGUACCAGGUGGAAUCAUGGGCAGAUUGUCAGGCCUCCAACUGCCUCUGUGUUGAUGAAGCAAAAAGCUGUCACUGGAAUAUCACAGCUGUCAAGCUGGGUCAUGUUAACUUUACCAUUACUACAAAGAUUCUAGACAGCAAUGAACUCUGUGGGGGCCAGAAAGGGUUUGUCCCCAAAAGGGGUCAGAGUGACACACUUAUCAAACCAGUUCUUGUCAAGCCUGAAGGAGUCCUUGUGGAGAAAACUCACAGCGCAUUGCUCUGCCCAAAAGGAGAGGUAGCUUUAGAAUCCAUCUCCCUGGAGCUUCCUGUGGAUGCUGUUCCUGACUCGGCCAAGGCUUAUGUUACUGCUCUAGGAGACAUCAUGGGCACAGCUCUGCAGCACCUUGAUGGUCUGAUACAGAUGCCUAGUGGCUGUGGGGAGCAGAACAUGAUCAUUUUUGCCCCCAUCAUCUAUGUCUUGCAGUACCUGGAGAAGACAGGUCUGCUGACUGAGGAAAUCAGGUCCCGAGCAGUGGGCUUUCUGAAGAUAGGGUACCAGAAGGAGCUGAUGUACAAACACAGCAAUGGCUCAUACAGUGCCUUUGGAGAGCAGGACGGAAACGGCAAUACAUGGCUGACAGCCUUUGUCACAAAAUGUUUUGGCCAAGCUCAGAAAUUCAUCUUUAUCGAUGACAAGAACAUCCAGGAUGCUCUCAAGUGGAUGGCAGGAAACCAGCUUCCUAGCGGCUGCUAUGCUAACGUGGGAAAGCUCCUGCACACUGCUAUGAAGGGUGGUGUUGACGACGAGGUUUCCUUGACUGCCUACAUCACAGCAGCGCUGCUGGAGAUGGGAAAGACUGUAGAUGACCCAAUGGUGAGUCAAGGGCUGCGGUGUCUCAGGAAUUCCGUCACCUCCACCAGCAGUCUCUACACACAGGCCCUGUUGGCAUAUACUUUCUCUCUGGCGGGAGAAAUGGAAGUCAGAAGUGCCCUUCUGCAGAAGCUGGAUGGACAGGCCAUCACCUCAGGAGAAUCCAUUCACUGGAGCCUGAAACCCACUCGUUCAUCUGAUGCCAGCCCUUGGUCUGAACCUCAGGCUUUGGAUGUGGAACUCACAGCAUAUGUAUUGUUGGCUCAACUUAUCAAGGCCAGCUUGACUCAAGCGGAAGUAUCCAAGGCCACCAGCAUAGUGGCUUGGCUGUCCAAGCAGCGCAAUGCCUACGGGGGCUUUUCUUCGACUCAGGAUACUGUCGUAGCUCUCCAAGCUCUUGCCAAGUAUGCCACGAUUGCCUAUGUGUCAUCUGAGGAAGUCAACCUGGCUGUAAGAUCCACUGAGAAUUUCCAGCGUACUUUUAACAUUCAACCCACCAACCGAUUAGUAUUGCAGCAGGAGACUCUGCCCAGCAUCCCUGGAGUAUACACUGUGGAGGCCUCAGGCCAGGGCUGUGUCUAUGUGCAGAUGGUGUUGAGAUACAACAUUUUCCCUCCUAAAAAUUUGGAGACUUUUAGUCUUCAUGUGGACACAGGAAAAGCUGGAUGUGAACAACCCACUUCACCUCGAUCCUUGACUCUCACUAUUCAGACCAGUUACGUGGGAAGUCGCAGCUCUUCCAAUAUGGCUAUUGUGGAGGUGAAGAUGCUGUCUGGGUUCAGUCCUGUGGAGGGCACCAAGCAGUUACUUCUCCAACAACCACUGGUGAAGAAGAUUGAGUCUGGAACAGACACACUCAACAUUUACUUGGAAGAGCUCAGUAAGAAGACUCAGAGCUAUACUCUCACCAUCAGCCAAAGUGUGUUGGUCACCAACCUGAAACCAGCAACCAUCAAAAUCUAUGACUACUACUUGCUAGAUGAACAGGCAACAAUUCAGUAUUCAGAUCCUUGUAAAUGA